AUGCCUUUACUCGUGACAGACUACUCGUGGACACAGACGGAGACGGCGGUUUACAUAAACGUGCCUUUAAAAGGAGCCAAGGUUGGGAAAGUGGACAUCCUGUGUACAGACGAAUACCUCAAGGUGUAUUUCUCGCCCUAUCUGUUUGAAGCCUUCCUGCUUGAACCUGUUGAUGACGUCAGAAGCACCGCAAAGGUGGGAAACGGAGUUGUCGUAAUCAGUUUAUCAAAGAGGAUCAGCAGAGUGUGGGAGCGUCUGAUGAUAACUACAAAUGAUAGAGAAAAGAAGAAGGAGGUCAGAGAAAAGGCUCUCUUGAAAUACCAGGAAAGGCUUUCCUCAGAGUCCAAAUCUAAGGCAGAAAAACAGCAUGCAGAGAAAAAAUAUGCACUGGAAACAAUGAUGAAGCUCGAAAAGGAGGAAAGAGACAGUAUCCAGAAAAUGAAGGACACUGAGCGAGAGAAAACCACGGCAGAGCUGGCAGCGUGGCAGCUGAGACAGAAGGAAAAAGCAGUCGAAGAAGCCAAAUCAAAAGUCCAAAGUCAGAGAGACCAUCAAAACGAGCUGAACGCCAUGACAGAGAAGCAGAGAAAUGGAUGUUCAGGUGGAGGAAAGGUCAAACUGGAUCAAAGAGGCGACAGUGAAGGAAAAAGCAAGAAAAAACAAGGGGUCCUGCCUGCUCCGAGACCUCGAGGAAGCAUUCAAGUCACAUUUACCCCACGAGUUUUCCCAACAGCCCUCAGAGAGUCGAGAGUGCCAGAGGAGGACGAGUGGCUCCGAAAGCAAGCUGAAGCCAGGCGCGCAGUCAAUGCAGAUAUUGAAGAGCUGAAGGAUCUGAAGGAGACGGAGCGGAACGCUGACUGGUUAAAGGACAAAGGAGACAAGUGUUUUGCCACGAGGGACUACCUGGGAGCGGUGAAUGCCUACAGUCUGGCUAUCAGGCUGAACAGAAAGAUCCCAGCUCUGUUUUCAAACAGGGCCGCGUGUCAUCUGAAGUUAAGAAACCUCCACAAGGCCAUUGAGGAUUCCUCCCAGGCACUUGAUCUGUUGACUCCACCAGUUGCUGCAAAUGCAGCUGCCAGAACCAGAGCCCAUGUCCGCCGAGGAUCUGCUUUCUGCCAGCUACAGCUCUAUGCAGAAGGACUGCAAGACUACCAAGCUGCUCUGAAGAUUAACCCUUACAAUGAAGCGCUGCAGGCAGACACGCAAAGAAUCAGAGACAUCAUUCAAGGCUCUGCCGCUGAACCUGACACACAGUGA